AUGGGUUCAUCGUUUACAUUAACUCUAGCAAAUAUUUUUAUGUGGAAAUGGCAAAAAGAGUUUGUACGUCAGCAGGAUAUAACAAGUGAAUUUUAUGGCAGAUAUAUUGAUGAUGUUUUUAUGACAUGGAAUCGGUCUGAAAAAGAGUUACGAAAACUAUUAGAUAAUGCCAAUACAUGGCAUCCAAAUAUCAAGUUAGAUUAUAAAAUUGACAAAAGUCUACCUUUUCUUGAUGUACUUCUCACAAAUAAUAAUGGUAUUUUAUUAACAUCUGUCUAUCAUAAACCAGCAGCUGAACCCUAUGUUACACCAUUUCUUUCUGAUCAUCCUCGACAUGUCUUUAAAAAUAUUAUAGAAAAUGCACUUACCAAGGCUGUUCGAUACAUAUCAACAUCAACAGCAUUUCUAUCCAGUAGUACAGAUAAACAACAAUUUGAACAAAUGCGUCAUAAUAUUCUAAAAAAACCAACACAACAACAGUCACAAGUCACUUUAGGUAUAGCAACAGCUGAUCAUGAAGAUGAAAAUAAUCGAACGAAUGCAACAUCAUCAACUCAACGCAAAUCACUUCCUUUUUAUUCCUCAGAAGACACUUCACAUUUCACAAUAUCAAAUAAUCGCAACGACGAAUCGAUCAUGGUCGCUUAA